AUGACAAGGCUCCUCGCAGUCGCUGGGAUUCUGCCUAGCUUGGUAGUCUCCCAAAGUAUCCAGCUGUUCACGCAGGAGAACUUGUCUGUUUCGCCGGAAUGCAAGACUGCGUUCACGGGAAACCUCUCUUGCAGCGCGCUUGAGACUGGUGACACUAUGUACCAAUUCCAAAAUAACAUGUCCACCGCAUUGCUGGAUUCAAUGUGUGCUGAAGGUUGCGAUUCUUCCAUUGAUGACUACCGUCAGAGUGUGCUCCAACAUUGCUCCAACGAUUCAAUGGAAUUUGGUAGUCAAACUACCAUGUAUAGACCGAUUGCAAUCGCCGACUACUAUUUCACCAAUCGUGAGCAACGGUGCUUGAAGGAUACUGAUGGGAAGUAUUGCUAUCAGAAGAUCAUGUCCGAGUCAACUGGCGGACCCUGCAGUGACUGCAUCUUGAAGUUGCCUCAGGUCAAACUCAGCAACCCUUUCUUCUACAACCGCGGAGAGGCAUCUAGGUACGCGUCUCGCACCUCUAGCUGCAGCGUGACUUCUCUCCCCAUUACAACUGCCUCUCCGGUAGUCGUCAGCAGUACUUCCGCGGCGGCUUCGUCUGCAGUUCCUACCUGCACAGGUCGUGUGGUUCCUGUCGAAUCUGGAGACCGCACUGAUUCUGUGGCAAGAGCUCAAAAUAUUAGCACAUGGCAGCUGCUGAGCCACAAUGGAAUACCUGGAGGCAACAAGGCGUUCAGUUCGGAUGCAAAGCUUUGCAUCACGGGCACAUGUCAGACUCAUUUGAUGACUGCGAAUGAUACCUGUGUCAGCCUUUCUCAACGAUACGGCAUCUCAAUCACUCAGCUCCGUACAUGGAACCCGACCUUGAACGGACGUUGCAGCAACAUUGAUGUCCUCGAAGGCCACUAUAUCUGCGUUACCAAUCCAGGCCUUUUCACAACGCCUCACCGCGAUACCAAAGGAGGCUCUGCAACAACGGCCACGACUGCCGCUGCGGUACCCUCGGAUGUCGCCCCUGGAACGAAUGUCGACUGUGGAAAGUAUUAUGAAGUUCAGAGUGGCGAUGAGUGCGCCAAGAUUGCUCUGGGGAACGAGAUAGCAUUGAAAGACUUCAUGUUUCUAAAUUCUGACCUGAACGCAAAUUGUACCAAUUUGAUACCCGGCUCGAGUUACUGCGUCCAGCCUGUCGGUGUUAUCUCGAAGUAUCCUGACUAUACAACCACAUCUGGGGCCUCUACCACGACGCCGCCACCAAAGAUGACUGCUGCAUGGACGCCGUGGGAUCAGCUUCCAAUUGUGACAAGCAUGAGGAAGGAUUUUCCCCCAGAGGAAACACAGGCUCCCCUUGCAAAUGGCACAAGGAAGGACUGCGAGGAAUAUAAGGAAAACACGUAUGGAGAGGUCGGUUGCUGGGCCCUUGAUUUGCAAGCCCGUAUGACGGAUUUCGUGACGUGGAACCCCUCCCUCUUUUGGUGGAAUUGCACCCUUAGCAACGCUACGCGUUACUGCACAAUGCUUGGUGAUGGCUUCAAGUACGACGAGGAUGCUCACUAUCAUCAACAUGCCCAAAGACCCGAAAACGCAGAUUUCAACUCGACCGAUGACUGUUGGAAAUGGCACAAUGUUACAAAAGGUGAAACUUGCCAGACCAUACGAGAAGACGCCGAUAUUGGCAUGGAUGCAUUCUUUGGUUGGAACCCCAGCAUUCGUCAGAACUGCACUGGCCUCCAAGUCUCUGUGUCAUACUGCGUCUCUGGUGACGGGUUUGAUGACACCGAAUAUGCGAGUGCGAGUGCGAGUGUCAGUCCGACGCAUAUUUCUACUGCCUCUCCGACACCUACUAGCACCUGCCCCGCUGGGAGUGUUACUGCGCCAGGGCAAACACAGAGUGGUAUUCCAUGUAAAUGCAACAAAUAUGUAAAAUCCCAGAAGGGCAAGUACUGUGAGGACAUGGCGGAUGCAAACGAUAUCACCCUCAAGCAGUUCCUCAAGUGGAACCCAGCUGUGGGAGACAGCUGUAGCAACCUCUGGCCGGACUAUUACUACUGUGUUGGUGUCAGCACCUAG